UGAGCAAUGGUUAACUUAAUACCGUUAUUAAUCACAAUAUAUUGCAUAAUUAUUUAUUACAGUAAUAAAUGAUACAUCGUAUCAUUACGGUCCCUGUCUAACACAGCACCCUUCAAUAAUACCAGUUCAAAAAAAAAAAGAAAAAAUUCCUUUGUACCCCAAAAGCAAUGAACAUAAUUUUUAAAAAAUCAACCAAAACCGAAGUGAUAAACAUUCCCACAUACAACCAGCUCGUAUCCCUAGCACCAGAUAGUUUAAUCACCACAAACGGUGCAAUAAUAACACCUCAAAACUUUCCUUUCGUAGCACCGUUUUCACACGUAAUUGCUGAGGGUAGAUUGUUGGGUGGUGCACUUUCCGAGGAUGAUAGGGCGUUGGCUGCCAAGCGAUUGAAUGUGCAGGUGUGUAGGAAGUGUUAUGCACGGUUGAGUGCGCGUGCAGAGCAUUGUAGGAAGAGAGCGUGUGGGUUUAGUAGGAAGUUGAGGGCAAAGAAGAAGAUAAGGGAGACGAGCAAGAAGUAAAGCUGAUUUUAUGGAUUUGAU